AUGUCUCCCUCCCUCGCCACCGUGGCCGGCGCGGCCGUGGCCCUGUCGGCGGCCCUCGCGGGCGCGCAGGGCGUGGGCUCGACCAGGGAGGUGCACCCGCGCCUCAAGACGUGGAAGUGCACGACGGCGGGCGGCUGCAAGCCGCUCAACUCGGCCAUCGUCAUCGACUCGCUCGCCCACCCCAUGAACCGCAACUGCGGCGACUGGGGCAAGGCGGCCAACCCGACGGCGUGCCCGGACCUGGCCACGUGCCAGCGCAACUGCGUCACCGACGGCAUCUCGGACUACACGCGCCACGGCAUCUUCACAAACGGCGCCGCCCUGACGCUCAAGCAGCUGCAGCCCGACGGCCGCUCGGUCGUCAGCCCGCGCGUCUACCUGCUGGCCGAGAGCGAGCAGCAGUACGAGAUGAUCAAGCUGACGGGCCAGGAGUUCACCUUUGACGUGGACGUGUCCAAGCUCCCCUGCGGCAUGAACGGCGCCCUCUACAUGUCGGAGAUGGAGGCCGACGGCGGCAAGAAGAAGGAGCCGCUCAACAAGGGCGGCGCCUUCAUGGGCACGGGCUACUGCGACGCCCAGUGCUUCACGACGCCCUUCAUCAACGGCGUCGGCAACCUAGACGGCAGCGGCUCGUGCUGCAACGAGCUCGACAUCUGGGAGGCCAACAGCGCCGCCGAGAGCAUUGCACCCCACACUUGCAACAAGCCGGGACUCUUCAAGUGCAAGGGGGCCGAGUGCGAGUUAGACGGCAACUGCGACAAGUGGGGCUGCACCUACAAGCCAUACACCUUCGGAAACAAGAACCACUACGGGCGUGGCAAGAACUUCCGCGUCGACACCACGCGCCCCUUCACGGUGGUGACGCAGUUCCCCACCGACAGCCGCGGGGUGCUGCAGGCCAUCAAGCGCAUCUACGUGCAGGACGGCGUGCAGAUCCCGCAGGCGCCCGUCAACCUGCCCCAGUUCCCCAACCUCAACUCGCUCACGCAGCCGCUGUGCGACUCCAAGCCGGGCGAGGCCCGCCGCUUCAACGAGCUGGGCGGGCUCAAGGGCAUGGGCGAGUCCAUGGCGCGCGGCAUGGUGCUGGCCAUGAGCGUCUGGUGGAGCGAUGGCGACUUUAUGAACUGGCUCGACUCGCCGCCGUGCAGCGAGACCGAGGGCAAGCCGUCCGAGAUCGUCAAGGUCCAGCCCAACCCGGCCGUCGUCUUCAGCAACAUCAAGUGGGGCGACAUCAACUCGACCUUCACGGGCAGGCCGCCCAAGUGCAAGCGCGACGUGGGCCUGGGCCUGUGA